UCCAAAGCUGCUUCGUCAAUCACACGGCCGGGGAUAGGCAGGCUCCUCUCCGUACCGCUACGGCAAAGAACGUGAGGCGAGUCGACGAAGAGGACAGCUGACACAUGGCUGUCACAAUUCGCUCUCCUCGACAUGAUGGCAUCAGCUGCUGUGCCCGCUACUACACUCUACAGCCAGUACAGGCGUGUUCGACCUUCGCUGGGUCGCCCCUCCGAGCAAAGCCUCCUCCUAAAGAGUUACAAAUGAAAGAGUCCUGACGGGCGAGAUGCUUGCGGAAGAAAUCCUUCUCGCCCUCUCGACAAACCGAACACCGGGGCAGAGCAGACGUCGCUGAGUGCAGGGAGGAGGAGAGGCAGUGCUUGUUCCCUGCACCACCAUGGCGAGUGUUGGCAGUGGAUUCGACCUACCACUACGCACUUUAUGUGUUACGGCGGUUCUGACGCUCUUCAUUGGCUACGUCCAUUGUCAAACAUCCGCCGGACCUACCUUAUCAUCAUCAUCAUGCAGUGAGGACCUGGGUAUUGCCAGUGGGCUGUUGUCGUCACAGUACUUCACUGCUUCGUCCAGCUACAGUGACCAGUACGUUGGUGCCACGUAUACGUAUCAGCCGGGAGAUGCACGUGCUGGCAAGAUGAGGGGCUACGGUGGUUGGGCGCCCGUAACCAACAGCUUGGAGGAAUACCUGCAGAUAGACUAUGGCACUGAGGUCUCCAUCACGUCCAUGGCCAUACACGGCUUCAAGUCCAUGCACGAAAGCAAGGGACGAUACGUCACGUCGUUCAAUAUCUAUAUCGGCACCGGCAACGGAGUAUUUACAAGUGUGGCACCAUCCUUCAACCUGACGUCUUUCAGCGGCAACACGGACAGUUCGAGUGCACACAAACACACCUUCAGCCCGCCACUUAAAGCUACCGUCAUUCGGUUGUCCAACUUCACAACAGCAACAAGUGUUUUGCCGGGAUUGAAGAUAGGCUUUCGAGGAUGCAACCCUCCGCCCGUGUUUGCAGACUUGCAGGCAUGCGACACGGCCCUGGGCGUGAGCAGCGGCGUUGUCAACAACUCUCUGAUCACGGCUAGCAGCGUGUACUCGCUCAGUUACGCCGCCUACUAUGCACGCCUGUACAAGUCCUUCGGGAACGGCGGCUUCUGCGCCUCAAACGGCUUCACUGCCAGUGACUACCUUCAAGUGGACCUAGGGCAGGUGAGGCUGGUGUCGGCCAUAGCGUCGCAGGGAAUCGAAGACUCGUUCCUGACGAGCCCCUACUACACUUCUCGCUACUCCGUCAGGUACGGUCUGGUUCCAGGCGGCGUGAACCUGACCGAGUUGAAGAAAAGCGGGCAAGCUGUGACGCAUGUGUUCAGUGGCAACACCGACAAAAACACGGUUGUCAAGCAGUACUUUGCCGCGCCAAUACGGGCACGCUUCAUCCGAAUGUUCGACUUCAGCCCGCGCAGCACGCACAGCGACCCGUGCAUGCGUAUCGAGAUCUACGGCUGCAUGGCGCCGAAACUGACCACGCCGACACCGUCGCCGAGCACAGCGGCCAGCACCGCUACUGAGCCUGGCGCUGAUAUCACCACGGUGACGAAGACGAUGACUGGGACAGUCCCGCCGAUGGGCACGGAUGCGACCAAAGCUACCGCUCCAGCCGUGCAUCAAGUUAGUGUUGCAACCGAUGCUCAAGUUGGCACAGAUAGCGGAGGGAACCCACUCACUUCUGCAUCGUCCACUGUCUCCACGUCAACGGAAGAGGGCACAGAGGACAGCAGCAGCAUUGUAGCACUCGGUGCUGGAAUAGGCGCCGGUGUAGCUUGCAUCCUGAUCAUCAUGUUCGUAGUCCUGUUCAUAAAAUACGGACGGCGUGGCAGGAAGGACAUUCCCGAUGGUGGCAGGGGGUCUUCCAAAGACGGACUUAGCACCAGUGAUUCGUCCAAGGCCAAUCUCAUGCAUUACAGUUCAUCAACUGAGACACACAUGGAACCGAGUGCAAGGUCAUCUCUGCCUACUGGUAGAGUCAGUGAGUCAGUCAUCUACCACGCACCCAGGGAGACAGGACCAGAGACGAGAAAGUCCGCUGUCAGUGUCCUGUACAAACAGCCUGUCCAAAGUGAAGCAGUGCGUUACACAGACAUCAAAGAAACUGGACCCAGUGCUACCGUAGCUAACGGAGACAACCAGUACGCCAGACUCAGUGCGGAUAUGCCCGUUAUUCCUUCUGCAGUGCGGACCUUGGAGAAUUCCACUGGCGGAUACAACGAUUCCGACGGAUUUGACCAGUUGCCGGCCUACUCCAGCCUGCACAUCUAUGCCAAUCCUGCUGACCGGCAACAACAGACAAGCUGUGCACAGACGGCAGCCCUGGACACCGCCACCACCGCUGCCACUACUACUGCUACUCACAAUGGUACAGCAGUGCACGGUAACAGUGGUCGGAACAGCUUGGCCACGGCCGGAGAGAGCAUGAACCCAGCGUACACAGUUCAUGAUAUCGAUCAGAAAACCGACGGCAGCGCUACCGCAGACGGGCAUUAUGAUAGCACUAAUCAUGCACCGUUGCAGCCAGCCGUGGCGUCCAACGCAAUCGGCGGCGACUCUCCUCAAGGCCGCUACAGUCACCUGAGGCACUCGGUGAACUCCAGUACCAAGGCCGGAGGCGAUAAGGAGCCCGCCAACCCACAAGAUGUCUACUCUCACCUUCACGAGCAGCCCAAAGAGUCCACCAAUCAGUAUGACUCGCCCAAGGGGGCCGCCAAUGCGUACGCGUCGCCCAAGCCGACUAGCGCAGCGUGCGCCGACAACGGAGAAGGCACGUACAACACCUUGCAACGAGCGGAUGGCGCGUAUGAUAACCUGGAGCUGAAAAAGGACAAUGUCUACAGCACACUGCAGCAGCAGUCCAGUGCGGACGACACGGCUGUCACUACUUCACCGUGAUGAAGAUGCCCUGUGGAGUAUUAAUAGUCUGCAAUCCAUUGUUAAAGCAUACGGGCCAGGAGUGUGGAUACAGCCGCUCACUAUGACCUCACCUUGCGCAAUGCGUGGGCACCAGGUUUCCGCCUUGAUUGUGAUCCCACUUGCUGCCUGGUGAUGGCCCUGUGCUGUGUUAUGCUGCUGUGCUGGCACUGGCGUCUCAGAGAUCCUGCAACUACGGCGCAUUGCCGAGCAUUGGCAUGCCUUACCAUGCGUCUCUUCCACUCACCAGGAGCCCCUGUCCAUGCACACCGUAGACUGAUUCUCUGGACGGGCGGCCGGGCACCACUGGACCAUGAUGGUGGAUUUCCACAGGCUUAAAGACCUGCAGAGUAUGUAUUGAUGCAGACUCACCCUCACCCACCCACACACGCGCAUGCACCCCCCCCCCCCCCCACACACACACGUGGGCGAAAGUCAAAACAAAAAAUCCUAAUUCCUCAAACAUACUCAAAGCCAGCGGAUCACGCUGACCCGACAAUAAAAUAAUUAAUGUUACCUGACCUUAUCGGUCCUGUACUUCAGAGAAGCUCCAUAGACCGUGUAGAAAGUACCCCAGGCUGCAUGCACCAUGUCAGUGCAUCCAAUAAUCAUUAUAAUGUUCUACGGAGGGUCUAGCGUCCCUUCUAAUCUUGCCCCUCCCCUCAGCCCGCCCCCCCCCCCCCUCCCCCAGUCAGCCAAUUGAAGGUACUAGCUUGUACACAUAAGCUGACUGUCGUUUCGGCCGCCAUAGCGGUCACCGGUUAUCAGUAAUUUAGUAUCCAUGUUAGUACCUUGUUAGACUGCUUUCGAAAGCUUGAGAGUAUGAUAUUCCUCUUUAUAGAUAGUGCCAUGCAGUGUUCAUAAAAGCUGAUAUUGAAUCAUUGCCGCGAUAGAUCAGUUUUAGAAAUUUGUCUUCUUUCAACGUGUGUUGUACUUAGCAUGGUUUCUUCGAGUUCAUGCGCGGAGCUCUUGAGAUUAAAUUUCGGAUCAGGGAGUAAUACUGGUAUUAAACUUCUCCCUGCGUUGGCCAACACAACCACUGCAGAAAGGCAAUGCACUGAUGUUGCAGUGACGACUCUAGCCUUGUUAGCUACAACUGCAGUCUCAUCCGAUAACCUCAGUUUUUUUGGUACACGUCGCAUUAUGUAUUCCAUGAAUGGUUCUCAAUUUUCAAUGCCCAUGUUCAGCUGCAUGCCAUCCAGGGCAGUGUGCACCCAGGGCUGCUCGGCACUAGCUGUUGACCUGGGUAGCUACUCUCGCGCUCUCGUUCAUCCAUUGCCAUAGCUACCCAGGCACUUCAUAACCUUGUGCUCUUCAACUUUCUCUUUCUCUCCCAUCAUCUGGAGUCCUUCGUGCAACCUUGCAAUAAGAACCUUGUCGAUCCGA